AUGUCGAGCAGAAAAGAGGAAUUUCGGAAAGGAUCUCGACUUAAGCACGAGGACGGUGACGGUCACCGACGGAAGGCGUUCCGGAGGCCGACGGAGGGCGACUCGGGUGACGAUUAUUCGUCUGAAGAGGACGCGGUGCCGAAGGGAAAGCGUGCGAAGGAAGCUGUCGCGUCGCGAGGCCGAGGCGCGGAUCCUGGCGAAAAGGUGAAGGUGGCGAAACGCUCUGCGAGCGACAAGCGAGGGAAGGGCGCUGCUGAUGGGUCGCUCAAGGAUCGGCCGAAGGUUCAGUAUUCGUCGGAUGAGUAUUCGGCGGAAGACGACGAGGAGGCCGAUAUCAUGCAUAGAAAGAAACGCGACGGGAUGCACGGGAGAGUCAAUGGCGAUGGGAAGGCGAAAGAAGGGAAAUGCGUGAAGGGCGACGAGGGGAACUUAGGUGUCUCGGGAAAUAAGGAGUCCGGGAAAGUGAGUUUUAAGAAGGGAAAAGCGACUCGAGGCGAUGAGGAGGACGGUGAAAGGGAGGAAAAGGGUGGGAAGGGCAAACGGUCGUUUCGGCCUGGUAGGAGGGACGAGGAGAGCGACGACUGGGACGAGGAGGAGGAGGAGGAGGAUGGACCAGAAUUGGUUAAGCGGGAGGUGAAGGGGGGACUGGCGCGAAGGGAGGAGGAUGCGCGGAGGAAAGGGGGUGAGCGCGAGGGGCGCGAGGUGGGGCGGGAGAAGGAGAGGAGCAAAGGGCGAGAGAGGAGCGAGAGGGAGAGGAGCGAGAGGGAAAGGAGUGAGAGGGAAAGGAUUGAGAGGGAGAGAGCGGACGAUCGAGAGAGGGAAGAGCGAGCGAGGGAGAAGAUGCGGUGGGAGAGGGAGAGAGAGAAGGAAAGGGAGAGAGAGAGGGAGAAGGAAAGGGAGAGGGAGAGGGAACGGGAGAGGGAGAGGGAGAGGGAAAGGGAGAGAGAGAGGAGGGAGAGGGAAAAAGAGCGAGAAAGACGGGAAAGAGAAAAGGAGAGAGAGAGGGAAAAGGAACGGGAGAGGGAAAAAGAGCGGGAGAGAGAGAAGGAGAGGGAGAGGGAAAAGGAGAGGGAAAGGGAUCGCGAGUCGAGAAGGCGAAGGAGAGAGGCGGACGAUGAAGGGGAUGAUGGGGGGAGGAAGGCGCAGGGGGAGGAGGGGCGGCGGAAACGCGCCAAGGAGGAUGAGGGUGGGCGGGGCGAGAGAGGCGCAGAGGCGAAGGGGGAGGAGAAGGGGAAGGGGAAAGAGGAGGGGAAGGGGAAGGAUAAGGGGAAAGAGGAGAAGGGGAAGGAUAAGGGGAAAGAGGAGAAGGGGAAGGAGGAUAAGGGGAAGGAGAAGGGGAAGGGCGGCGAGGGGGAGGAGGAGAUGGACGCGGAGCAGCGGAGGCUGGCGGAGGAGAUGGAGAGGCGCAGGCGGCGAGUGCAGGAGUGGCAAGAGCAGCGGCGGAAGAAGGCGGAGGAGGAGCAGGCGCGCGCUGCUGCAGGCGCAGGGGGGGAGGGCGGAAGCGGGGGCGCGGAGGGGAGUAGCGCGGCGCAGGCGGAUGGGGGAGGGAAGGGGCGCGGGUGGACCCUGGAUGGGGAGUCGGAUGAUGAGGAGGAGAAGGGCGGGGGUGGGGAUGGCAAGGAGGAGGAGGAGGAGGCAAAGGGGGUUACAGCAGAGGAGGAGGAGGAAGUGGAUCCUCUCGACGCGUUCAUGAACUCGCUGGUGCUCCCAGAGGUCGCCAAGCUAGACGCCAAGGAUGCCGCCCGCCCCGCCGCCGCGGCGGGAAGUGUGGAGGCUGCAGCGGGCGGCAGCAGUUCGUCCCAAGCUGCCAACGGUGGCGAUGCGCUGAUGGGUGCGGGGACUGGUGGAGGGGCGGACAAGGGUGGCGGCAAGGGGAAGAAAGAGAAGGGGAAAGAGAGAGGGAGAGAAGAGGGGAAGAGGAAGGCCAAGGGGCCCAAGGGGCGCAUUGUGUUUGGAGUGGACUCUGAAUCAGACGAUGAGAUGGGUGGGGCAGGCGAGUCAGGCGACGAGGAGGAGGGUGAGGAGGGAGGGGAGGGCAAGAAGGGAGAGGAGGAGGAUGAGGAUUUUGUGAAGCGAGUGACGGCCGUGGCUCAGACCAAGGCAGAGAAACUCGCCCCUGUGGACCACUCCCAGGUGCACUACGAGCCGUUCAGGAAGAAUUUCUACAAGGAGGUGAAGGAGGUGGCGAGGAUGACAGCGGAUGAAGUGGCUUUAUACCGCCGCGAGCACGAGUUCAAGCUGCGCGGCAAGGACGUGCCCAAGCCGGUGCACACGUGGGUGCAGAGCGGUUUGAGUAAUAAAGUGCUGGAUGUGCUCAAGAAGAUGGGGUUUGAGAAACCGAUGCCGAUCCAGGCGCAGGCGCUGCCGAUUGUGAUGAGCGGACGAGAUUGCAUUGGGAUUGCCAAGACUGGUUCUGGGAAGACGUUGGCAUUUGUUCUGCCCAUGUUACGGCACAUCAUGGACCAGCCCCCACUGCAAUCAGGGGACGGCCCAAUAGGUCUCAUCCUGGCCCCCACGCGUGAGCUCGUGCAGCAGAUCUACGCCGACAUCCGCCGCUUCGCACGCCCCCUCGGCCUCUCCUGCGUGCCCGUCUACGGCGGCUCCGGCGUGGCCCAACAAAUCAGCGAACUAAAACGCGGCGCCGAAAUAGUAGUCUGCACGCCCGGGCGAAUGAUCGACAUUCUGGCGACGAGCAACGGGCGGAUUACCAAUCUGAGGAGGGUGACGUAUCUGGUGCUGGACGAGGCGGACCGCAUGUUUGACAUGGGAUUUGAGCCGCAGAUCGGGCGGAUUAUCGGCAAUACCAGGCCGGACCGCCAGACUGUAUUGUUCUCGGCGACUUUUCCCCGGCAAGUGGAGACCCUUGCACGGAAGGUCCUCACCAAACCGAUUGAAAUCCAGGUGGGUGGGCGUAGCGUGGUCAACAGCGACAUCACUCAAACCGUGGAAGUGCGCCCUGAAGGCGAGCAGCGCUUCCUGCGUCUCCUCGAGCUACUAGGCGAGUGGUGCGACAAGGGCAAGAUCCUGGUGUUUGUGCAUUCCCAGGACAAGUGCGACGCGCUCUUCCGCGACCUCCUCAAGUCCGGCUACCCCUGCCUCUCCCUGCAUGGUGCCAAGGACCAAACAGAUAGAGAAUCCACCCUCCAGGACUUCAAAACCAAUGUGUGUAAUCUGUUGGUAGCGACCAGUGUCGCGGCUAGAGGGCUCGAUGUGAAGGAGCUUGAGUUAGUGAUAAACUACGAUGUGCCGAAUCAUUACGAGGAUUAUGUGCAUCGGGUGGGGAGGACCGGGAGGGCUGGGAGGAAAGGGUGCGCUGUGACGUUUAUCAGCCCGGAGGAGGAUCGGUUCGCGCCGGACCUGGUCCGAGCCUUGGAGCUGUCGAAGCAGCCGAUUCCGGAAGAUCUUAAAGCCAUGGCUGAUGCGUUCACUGCCAAGGUGAAGGCCGGGAGCGUGGUUGCGCACGGGAGCGGGUACGGCGGGAGUGGCUUUAAGUUUAACGAGGAGGAGGAAGCUGCUAAGAAGGCGCUGAAGAAGGCGCAGGCGAAGGAGUACGGUGUGGUGGUGGAUGAGGAGGAGGGGGGCGAGGAGGAGGAGGAGAAAGAGGAGAAGGAGGGGAGCGGGGCGAUUCGGAGAGUGGAGGCUCCGAUGGCAGCAGCGGCAGCGGCGAAUCCAAUCCAAGCAGCUGUGCAGGCGAGGAUGGCCCAGAUGGGAAUCACCCCUGCUGCUGGCGCUGCUGCUGUGCCAGGAGCUGCUGCUGCUGCUGCUGCCCUUGCCAACCCGCUCGCUGCCUCCCUCGUGGGAGCAGCAGCAGCAGGGGAAUCAGCAGCGACGGCCAUCGCCUCAGCAGCCGCCGCAGCCCCGACCCCGGUCUCCCGUGCAGCGGCCUUUGCAGCAGCCAUCAGCCUGCAGCACAACUUAGCCAAACUCCAACCCGCCGAGCCCGUGAAAGCGCACUACGAAGCGGAAUUCGAGAUCAACGAGUUCCCGCAGCACGCGCGGUGGAAGAUCACCCACAAGGAAACCCUUAACCAGAUUAUUGAAUGGACGGGAGCGUCGGUGACCACGCGCGGGCUGUACUGCCCGCCAGGCAAGGCAUUAGCGGCGGGGGAGAAGAAGCUGUACCUGUCGAUCGAGGGGCCGACGGAGGCGAGUGUGAAGAAGGCCAAGGCGGAGAUCAAGCGCAUCAUAGAGGAGGCCAGCGCUGCUGAUGCAUCCCACCAGCAGCGCCCCGUGCAGCCGGGGCGGUACUCGGUCAUGUGA